AUGAUUGUGGAGGAUGAGCGAGAUACUCCUCAUGACCAUGUCUACGAUCGGAUAUCCCAAUCUGAAUCCACUCGGCCUGACGCAACACGAUCAGGAGAUCUUUCUGUUUUUAUUCGGAACUACCGAACAAUGCAAGAUUCCGAGAAUCAUUUUGCUCUACGAGAUGAUCUCAUCGCUCAUCUUUGGACACGAAAGGGACAACUUGAGGAGGAUAUCAGCGAAGAGGAGGAACCCCUUCCCUACCCGGACAACUCAAGUGAAUUGGAUGAAGAAGUUCUACUUGAUGAUCAUUCACUAGUUUCUCAUUUUUGA